AUGGCCGACAACAGAAAAACACAAGAGGAGGUCGACAAAAGCUCCCAAACCGCCAGCGAACAAACUUCGAUGACGAUUACUAUGCCACCACCUCCUGAGAACUUUCCUCAAUUUUCGCAAAAUGAAGCCAAUGGAAUGCAAACUGAGGAGAAUGCCGUUUCUGGUCAUCUCGCUAAAACCCCCCCUCAAGAAUUCGCGAACUUCAAUAAACAAUUCAAUGCCAAUAGUAGCGAGGCCGAUCAAUCGUCAAAGCAAUUGAGCAGAACAGGAAAUGUAAAAAAAAGACAGAUGGGAACUAAGUCAUCCACCGAUACUCAUGGUAACAAAGUCAAGGUCAGAGAACUUACCGAGAAGAAGAAUGGUAUGAAGAAAAAGAAAGGCCGCAAAUCUCCGUUCCAGAUGUAUCAGCAUUGUUCUACCAAGGACGUUGACAACGAUAACAUCGAAACAGACGAUGAAGAUGGAGAUGACCAUGAACCAAGUGAAUCUUUGUGUGAGAGAAUCUUGCGAUUCGGCUUCAAGAGAAGAAAAGAUGAGAAGGUUAAUGAACCAGAGGUGUUGGAAGUCUAUGAGUCAAGCGCCUCGGGAAAUAUUUUCGGGGCUGAGUCCAACUCCAGGGAUCCAGCAGCCACCACUCAUCUGAAAGAUGCGAAUAGCAACAAUGCCAGAGAACCAGAGAGACUUGGAGAAGGUCCGGAGGAGACGCAUAAUGGCGCCAUUAUCCCUGAUCCAAAUUUUAAUACUGAAGUAUUGUACUCGGAGGAAAGGGCCCCAGAGAUCAUUAAAGCUGAGCCUGUGGGUAGAAAUAUUGCUAUCAUACACAAGAUGGUUGAGAAACCUCCCAAGGAACCGGAAACGUCAACAUUGAAGUGGAUACGCCAAAAAGCCUCUUCAUGGGCAGGGAGGCUUGAUCGUCCAGGAAGAUAUAGUCAAUCCGGGAAAGACAAUGAAGCAAGAAUGUCCCUUAGACACAAUGAAGCAGAUCUCGGCGCAUUGACCAGAGAUGAAUCCAGAUGCAAUGCUGAAAGAGGGGUUGUAAAUGAUCACACAAAUAGCACCAAAGAUCACGAAAAGCAGACCAAUCGAACGACCAAUAAAUCCGGCACAAUGGACUCUGCGCACAACGUCAAGCAAACCGGCAGCUCGGGGCAGAAUUCCGAAGAGAUGAUAUUGGACGCUAAUGCAAAUGGCCCCAAAGAACUCGAAACCCAAGUCAUCCAAAUGACGAAUCGAAUUGACAGUGUACGAAUUUGCUUCAUCUCUAAAUCCAAGUCUGUCAAAUCUGUUGAGCCCAUUAUAGAAGACGCUUCAAAUGAGACAAGAGGCGAGAACGCAGUCCCAGAAAGUGCGCAAAGGCUUCGACCCACAUGGGAACCUAUCUAUUCAGGACCUGAAGGCACGACCUUGAAAAGACAACCCAGGGUAGAGAGAUUACGCCGUGCAUUCACUGGUUCUAUUGACGAAGUCAUCAAUUCGAACGCGACGCCUUAUCUAAUGCCAAAUGUUGACAUCCAAGGCUCUUCUGCGUUGAAUGGGUUUCUAGGAAACAUCGCCACCAAUAACUUCAUUAGCUUCAAUAGCGGAUUAAUCCAAUCUCAAGCAAAUCCUGCUCUACUGACAGGAGUAGAUGAUGCCGAUUUCGGAACCCCUCUUUGUCGCCAUUCUAGUCGUGAACCCUCCGCCGAAGAACGUCGGAGCACAGAAAGCGGAAUGAACGUCAAUCAACAAAAUGACCACGAGACCUCCACGACAGUAGCUUCAGCCCCAGAAGAGCUCCAAGAGUAUCGCAUUCUAGAGAACUAUAUUUCAGCGAUUGCCGUUACUAAAAAAAAAUGCUAUCCAGAAGUGCAUCGUAAUUGCAGGGCUCUAGAGCGAUGCAUCAAAAUGGACACCAUCCAAGAAAGCGACCUUGAAGACGAUUCGGAAGCCAGUCAAAGAUCCAACUCUGAUCCGCCAAGCCUGACAGAUACCACCAACUCCUCAGAAAGCAGUACGAGUGUCCAGCAGCAAUCUUCUGGUUGGGUCUCCAGAUCGAAUGCCAUCAGAAGAAAACGUUAG